AUGCCUCGCCCCGCCUCACGCCGGCGUCCCCGGGCAGCCACGCCCCCUUGCGCCUGGAGCGCACUUCCGGGCGCGGGAGCGGGGGCCGUGACGUCAGGAGGAGGUUGGACGCGAAUGCACUCGCUGGGAGACCGGGGUCCUCAGCUCAGGCAGGCCCAGCGCGUAGAGCUGCCCCUGAGUCUCGGCCGCGUCCCCGGUGAAAGAAAAGGUGUGAAUAAGUACUACCCUCCGGAUUUCAAUCCUGAAAAGCAUGGCUCUCUCAACCGAUACCACAACAGCCACCCGCUGCGGGAGCGGGCUCGGAAGCUGUCACAGGGCAUCCUCAUCAUCAGGUUCGAGAUGCCGUAUAAUAUCUGGUGCGACGGCUGUAAGAACCACAUCGGCAUGGGUGUUCGUUACAACGCAGAAAAGAAGAAAGUUGGCAAUUACUACACGACCCCGAUCUACAGGUUCCGGAUGAAAUGCCACCUCUGCGUGAACCACAUCGAGAUGCAGACGGACCCAGCUAACUGCGACUAUGUCAUAGUGAGUGGUGCCCAGCGGAAGGAGGAGCGCUGGGACAUGGAGGACAACGAGCAGGUGUUGACGACAGAGCAUGAGAAAAAGCAGAAGCUGGAGACGGACGCCAUGUUCCGCCUGGAGCACGGCGAGGCCGACCGCAGCACGCUCAGGAAGGCCCUGCCCACCCUGAGCCACAUGCAGGAGGCCCAGAGCGCCUGGAAGGACGACUUCGCCCUCAACAGCAUGCUGCGGAAGCAGUUCCGGGAAAAGAAGAAAGCCAUCAAGGAGGAGGAGGAGAAAGACCAGGCGCUCCAGGCCAAGGCGAGCCUGGCCAUCCCGCUCGUACCUGAAACGGAGGACGACCGCAGGCUGGCCGCCCUGCUCAAGUUCCACACCCUGGACUCCUAUGAGGACAAGCAGAAACUCAAGCGCACAGAGAUCAUCAGCCGCUCUUGGUUCGCCUCUGCCCCUGGAGCUGGUACCAGCAGCAGCAGCAGCAAAGCUGGCCUCGUCCUAAAGAAGCUGGCCCUGCACCGCCGGCCGGCCCCCACUGGCUCCCCCAUCACCAUGGAGGACCUGGGCAUCGUGCGGCGUCCAUCCUGGGAAGUCUCCGAGAGCCCCCAAGAUGCACCUGAGAUCCCCAAGUCCAAGGAGCCACCAGUGCCAAAGGGGACCACCCAGAACAGGCCAUCAUCACCCCAAGACUGCUCUGUGGAGCCAGCCAAGACUGUGGAGGGCAGCUGCCAGGGCAAGCCCCUGUCCCCACGAGGCUCAUGCCAGGAGGAAGCUGACACCAGCCCCUCAGAGGCCCCACAUCCCAUCUGCCUCAGCACAUCCCUGGUGGCAGACUACUCUGACUCGGACAGUGACUGA